UCUUGUCAAUAUUCUAUCAAGAAAAAUGUCAAGAAAUAUUUUUCUAUCAAUGUACUGAAAAGGGCAAUCAUGAAGGAAUAUAUAUUUGUUAGUUUUUACAUGAUAAUUAAUUUACAAUACGUGGUGGGAUCCAGUGUUGUGCCUGUGCUGUCUUUAGAUCCAAAAAUGAGGGUAGUUAGUAAUAAAACUACUAGAGAUUUAAAGUACCUGCCUUUUAUAUUGCUGGUGGAUAUUGAAAAAGACACGAGCGAGUUUUGGCGCGAAACAGAGAUAUUGUCUCUGGUGCGCUCCAAUGAGAUGAGCAUAGACUACGAGACAUGUGAGAAGUCAAGUCCUGAGGCUACGAUCGUGCAGCUACCCAGCAGGAGAGUCGUUCGGCCCAUCUGUAAAACUGUUAUUGAUCGCCAGCUGUGCCCGCAAUGCGCACAUUUCAACAAUCACACUGAGUGUGAAUUAUUUCGGGAUUCUUGUCAGGAGAGAAGAGUUCAUCCCUCUGAAUACGGGACGUAUUGUGAUCGCAAGUAUGGAAAAUGGAGGACUAUGUUCCUCCCAGCGGAUUACUCGCAAUGCCGUUGCUGUGACGAGUGUGUGUUCUAUAGAGAGAUGGAUCAAUCGUGCAUACAUGAUGAAUACACGUUCGAAACUGAAGAGUUCCUGCCUGUGACAUCUAUAGAUUUCCGUGCUGGUUGCAAUCCGUACUGGGGCCAUCCGGAGCAAGAGUUCAGGGCGUUGCGAUGUGACAGGAUUCUACGCAGAUGUGUUCCUGUCACAGUGCCGUCAUUGCCAAACGAAACUUUCAAUCUCCGCCGCAGUUUUCGCUACGAGCCGGCCGCUGGAAGGCACGAGUGUCCGACCUCGUGCCGCGGGUACGAGUGCGGGCCGAUGCUGGUGCGCGAGGGUCAGUGCGCGCCGGGAGCGUUCUUGCCGGACAAGGAUCUGUGCAACUGCUGUGGACGGUGCAGCGUGUACCAGCAGUUGAAUCAAAAGUGUGCCGAAUUCAAGAAGACCAUACAUUACGUUAAUGGUACUAAAGAAAUUGAGGUAGAAGAAGAGUUCUUGGAGCCCGGUUGUGAUGAUGGGCUGGUGUGUAGGCAAGGUCGAUGCCAAGACAUACAUACUGUACAGACGACUGUUGCCGGUCGGAGGAAGAGAGACGAGGACGAUCUUUCUGCCAACGAGCCGUGCAAGCGUGAGUUGAAAUACUUCAAGAAGAAGUAUGGUCUUGACGGUCACUUGCAUUACAACGCGCCUCAGUGCACUCCAUUGUGGCUGUAUGCUCCCGUGCAGUGUCGUCGCUUCGUGUGUUACUGCGCUUUGGAGGACGGUACGUUCAUCCAGGGCAUCAAGGUACCACGAGUCGAGGUGUCUAAUAUGAACUGCGAUUGCGUCCGCGAGAAGUGUCGCACAAACUCCAACGUGGAGUGCGAUGGUUACGGCAACUACAAAGACGCGGUGUUCGUGCCGCGCGUGGACGAGUGGGCCACCACCACCGAGGAGACUGACGAAGAUACUACAUCGACAGACAAGCUUCCCCAGUCUCCCCAGCGGACCGAUCAUCAGUUCUUUGUUUCACGGACAAGACCUGUGCCCAAAGAUAUUGAAAACAAUGAAUAGAAGUUUAUAAAAAUUAUCCAAAUAAAAAAAAUGA